UGGAAGGAAGGCUAUAUAAACUAUAAAAGAGAGUUGAGGGAAGAGAGGGGAGUAGUUUUCUAAGAGUAGUUGGAGAGCUUCUUCUGAACUGUGAAGUGACUCCCCCAGGGAACCUAAAAAGAGUGAAAGUGCGGGACAAGACCAUGCUGGGUUGUGAGGGUGAGGCGGUGGUGCGGCGGUGGCUGACCUUGGUCACAGGACUGCUGGAGUGCCUGUGUUUUGCGGGGGCCGUUUUUGGCUGGGCCUCCCUGGUGUUCGUCCUGAAGACGGAAGGCUACUUCAGCUACCUGUGUGUCAACACUACCGGGGUCAAUGGAACACAAUUCCUAGACUGCAGUGCUCAGGAUGAACAGUUCUCCCUCAUCUUCACCAUCGCUUCCUUCAUGAACAACUUCCUGCUGCUGCCCAAUGGCUUCCUGUUUGACCGUUUUGGCACCAUGGUGGCCAGGUUGCUGGGAAUAUCAAUGUACACCUCUGGUGCCUUGUUUGUGGCCUUCUCAAGUUCAGCUCUGUCCGUUCUCCUCUUCCCAGCGCUGUCCUGCAUCUCUGUGGGAGGCAUCAUGUUUCUGGUCACCAACAUGCAGAUAGGCAACCUGUUUGGUUCCGCUCGCUCCACCAUCAUCACCCUCUACAAUGGUGCCUUCGACUCCUCCUCCGCACUCUUUCUCAUCAUCAAGCUGCUAUUUGAGGCUGGGAUCUCUCUGCGUGCCUCUUUCCUCUUCCUGGCUGCGUGUUGCAUCAUCCACCUGGUCAGGACCUUCCUCCUGCUACCCAGAACACACAUCCCCUACCCCCUGCCUGAGGGCUACACCUAUGGAAUAAACUGUGGCCAGACCAAGACUUUUAGCCCGGAGCAGACAGCAGCAAUUGCCAGCGUGCAGAGUGAAGAUGUCACGGAGGAAACGCCUUUUAGCAAGGAGAGCGCAGAGAAAGUGGCUACUUUCUGGGAGUGUUUCCUGUCCAAGUUCUUCCUCUGGCACCUGGUGUGGCUAUCUGUCAUGCAGCUGAGACACUACCUGUUCAUCGGCACCCUCAACCCCAUGCUGCAGAGACUGACCCAGGGAGAACCCUCUCUGGUGAGCACAUACACCAAUGCUUUUGCUGUGACACAGCUUUGUGGGGUGCUGUGUGCCCCCUGGAACGGCCUCAUCAUGGACCGACACAAGGGCAAGCCCAGGGCCCCAGGAAUGAGUGAGAAGGAGGCAGACCUGCGUGCAUCAGUGCUCUCCCUGACCCUGACGGCCCUGCAGUGUGUCCUGUUCUCCAUUUGUGCCUCCACUCCCUUCCUCCCCCUCCAGUACCUCACCUUCAUCCUGCAAGUCCUCAACCGGUCCUUCCUCUAUGGAGGCAAUGCAGCCUUCAUCAGCAUUGCUUUUCCUCCAUGUCAUUUUGGGAAGCUGUACGGUAUGCUCAUGGCUCUGUCUGCAGUGGUGGCUCUGCUGCAGUACCCCUGCUUCACCCUGGUCAAAGGAGUGCUGGGAGGAGACCCACUAUACGUGAACAUAGCCCUGACGUUACUUAGCCUGCUGGCUUUCAUUCAUCCUGUCUGUGUCUAUCUGCACUGUUGUGGCCUGGCAGCCCAGAGGGGUAAACCCAAGGACACUCUCCCCUCCCCCUCCUCCUAGACCAGCUCUAAAAAGGGAAACAAACACACACUUUAAAAAGGCCAUUUCAACCCUCGCUCCUCUGUUUCUUCUCCAGUUUGUAUAUUAUAUACAGUUGAAGUCGGAGGUUUACAUACACCUUAGCCAAAUACAUUUAAACUCAGUUUUUCACAAUUCCUGACAUUUAAUCCUUGUAAAGAUUCCCUGUCUUAGGUCA